GGGGGAGAAACACACCUCUUCACUAACUUUUAAGAGCGAUCCAAAUCCGAAGAGGAAUAAACCCUACGAGAGUUUGGCGUUAAUAGGCGAAACCCAAAUCCCAAUUCCUAUUCUCGAUCAUUCCAUCAAGAGCCCUAGAUCACAUUCUCUGUUUUUCUUUUAAAAAAUCCUUUCUUUUUGCUUCACCUCCUUCCAUUUCUGGCCUCUCUCAAAUGGGUUCUCUUUAUACUUUCUUUUAAUGCCAAUUGGUGUUUAUCCGAGUGGUGGGAAUUUACGGAUGGACUGAGAGACCUUCUCCACUUCAAUUUUGUUUGCUAAUUUACUUUGUACUUUGUAUAUUACAUUAACAUAUACAUAUAUACUUUACAUUUCUAUUUUCAAUUCGGUUUUUUGGCAUCUGGGUGUUGAUUCUAUGGCUGUGGUUGCUGACGAUUCCACUGAGGUAGCGGCUGCCAAGAAUUUUGAUCCGGAGAUGAAACCCAAAUCAGAAUUUGAUGCUCAUAAGCUUGCUGAAAUGUUUAGCAAUUUGAACCCUUUGGCUAAGGAGUUCUUUCCUUCCUCUUACUCUCAUCAUGAUCGCCCAGAUUUUCAAUUUUAUUAUCACAACUAUAAUCGAUCCUCCAUGAAAAACUUUCAGCCCGCCGAUCAACUGUUGCACAAUGAUAACGAUCGCAGGAGAAGAAAUGACAAUAAUAACCAGGGGAGAAGAAGAAUGAAUAAUAGAUCUAUCAGAGCUCAGCAAGAGGAAAGUGUAAUGAGGACUGUUUAUGUCUCUGAUAUUGAUAAGGAUGUCUCUGAAGAGGAGCUUGCCAAGGUAUUCAGGGAGUAUUGUGGAUAUGUUAAUGAUUGCCGAAUUUGUGGCGACCCCCAUUCAGUUCUUCGUUUCGCGUUUGUGGAGUUCGCUAAUGAACCUAGUGCUAGAGCAGCCACGGGGCUGAGCGGGACGAUGGUGGGGUCGUAUCCGAUUAAGGUAUUGCCUUCAAAAACUGCCAUUCUUCCUGUGAAUCCUACCUUUCUUCCCAAGUCAAAUGAUGAAUGGGAUAUGUGUACCAGGACUAUCUACUGCACAAAUAUAGAUAAGAAGGUAUCUCAGAUUGAAGUUAAGAAUUUCUUUGAAACAUCUUGUGGUGAGGUAACUCGCUUGAGGUUGUUGGGUGAUCAGUUGCAUUCGACCCGUAUUGCGUUUGUCGAGUUUGCUAUGGCAGAGACUGCUCUCCAAGCCCUCAACUGCAGUGGCAUGAUCUUGGGUACUCAGCCAAUCAGGGUAAGUCCUUCGAAGACGCCUGUUAGGCCACGAGUUACUCGCCCGGGAAGCAUUAAGCCAUCGUAGUAGAAGGCAAAUAUUCUCCAAUAUCAGUGUUGAGAAGUUGGCUAGUUUCUUGGCUGAACUUGUUUAUAACUCUUCUUCAAUUAUAGUUCAUUUGGCUGAGUUCCAAUCUUUGACAAUUAUUUCCCUCCCCGACAAGUUCUGUCUUAGUUUUUUCUUUCGAUCGCUACUAGUUAAUGUUAAUGUUGUUGGAGUUGUUACUAUGUUAUGCAUUACUUUCAUCUCUUGAGUUUUA